UCCCUGUGGUCAAUUCAUUGAGUCCAUUGAGUCGUUUGUCAAAGUCAAACUCAUCUGACUGACUCAGAUUUGUAUAAAUUUUACCAUAUUGUUUUUGUUUACAAUUUUAGAAAUAUUGUUUAACUUAAACUUACAAAAAUGUCCGUCUCGCCAAAACUAUGACUGAGCUAUACGAGUCUGAUUUCGAUAACCCCGCCUCUCCUAAAAGUUUCAUAUGGUUUAUUAUUAUUUUAUACCUAGAAUUAAUACAUAUUAUGACUAUGGUUCUUUACGUCCUCACUAAUUACAGAUAAUGGAAAGUAUUUCCAUUAUGGAACACAUUCUAAAUCCUAAGCACCUUCAGACAGAUUUUGUAUUAUCACAAGAAGGUGAUAAACAUACCCUAGUGAUAGAUAAAACUGUUAUACAACAAUGUGGCAGGCAUGAUAUAUAUGUUUUAGAUUUUUUAUGUCGUAGUUGGAAAAAUGAGUUGAAUGGAGUAAUUUUAAAUGUUGAAGAGGAUUUUAAUCCACAGCUCCAACUCUCCUUAUUCCUUGGAGCUCUGCAUAAAUCCUUCCAGACCCAAUUUCGAGUCCUAGUGGUAUGUCCAGAUGAAGCACUUCUAAAAUGGCAUUACCAUCUAACGACUUGUGGGUCUUUACAAGUAAAACGUGUUACUGAAGAAAAUGUUCAGGAUCCUAAUGUAGAUCCUGUAUUACUUCUCAGCUUCUCCAACAUAAAAUUGGUAGAGUCGCUAUUGGACAUCGACAACUGCACAGUUGUCGUAGUUGAUAAACAUGAUCAAAUAGUAUCCAAAAGGAUCAUGCGAACAUUACAAUGCAAUUUCAACAUUGGAAUCACGUUCAGAAACUUUUAUACAGAGCCUGAUCAAAAACUGCAAUGGACUAUGUUAAACUGGGCACAUCCCGGAUGCGUAGGCAAGCUGGCUGAUUUCUACCAAAUAGAUAACGACAAUUUUAACCAAUUUCGAGAUAACUAUAAGGAAUGGUGGUUCAGAUUAACCUGGAGUUUUUGCGAAUCUUUUGCCAAACCUACAAUGGAAGAAAAUGGAAAUCUCAUCAUUAACAUGCGAGAAUGGGCGAAAGACCAUAAUUUGGGUAUUUACUAUUGUUUAGCUUCCAGCCCAAAAAAGGGCAAAAGAAAGACAAUUACACAACUAGAACCAUCAAAAAGAAAUUUCAAGAACAGAACCCGCAAGUUAACAUUUAAAAAUAAAAAAGGCAUUAAGCAGCAAGGCGAACGCAUGGAGAUUCAGAAAGAAGAUGAGGAUUCAAAUGAAACCGUGAUAUAUGGAAACUUGUCGCCUACUGAAUUAGACGAAAAAACUACAAAAAUUGUGCAAAGAACAGGAGUAUGUGAAAAUUCAAUGCAGUUAUCAGAGAAAGAACCACUGAUAAGGGAGUCAAAGACUGUUAUAAAAAUGGAAGUCGAAGAUGAUGAAGCUGACAUAUUUCUAAAAUCUGUAACAUCUAAAAGUGCUGUCGGAGAUCUCAUUCGCGAAUCUGAACAAUUUGUUGGUCGACUUUUAACUAACAAGCCUUUAAAGCUGGAAACGGACACUAUCAACAAUGCUGUAAGCGACAGCGACAACUUUCUAAAAGAAAUAAGCAGUACAAAAUAUAAUAUUGUGGACAACAGUCAUGUUAUUCCAAAUGACAAGUCCGGUUUAUCUAACACACAGUCUGAUGUAGAUAAAUUAAUAGCCGAAGCAUUGGAAAUGGUCUCAAAGUGAUAAUUAUUUUUCUGGUCGCUACUUUAUAUUUUUAUACAACCAAAAAAUGCUUUUAAUAAUUAUAUUAUUGUUGAUUUUUUAUCACUUUCAUUUUACAUAAUGCUAUUGUUAAUUUAUUGUAAAGGUAUAGUAUUUGGGUACAUUUAAAUAAAUAGCAUUUAACAAA